UGACAGAACAAAAGUCAUAACAAAAGCACGUUUUUGGGGUAUGAUAUUUAGGUUUUCGUUGAAUUAACAAUAUAUGUAAUCCACAGUACAUGAAAGUGUAAUUUAAUUAAAAAAAUUCUGUACAACGAUGGGGAAAGCACGGCACAAUGCAAAGGCUCGACAAGUUGUUAAAACAAACAUAGAUAAUACUCAAACAAGCGAGAUUAAGCUAGAAUUUGGUUCUUCUGAUUAUGGCGCUUCGGAUGCCAGCAAUCUUUUGGCUUUGCCUUCUAAAAAAAGGAAAACUAAUAUAAUCAAAGAGAAAAAAGAAAAAACCAGAUUUCUUUCGAAAGCUCAACGUAAAAAGUUGGAAAAAAUCGUUGAAAAGAAACAAAAGAAAGAAUCGAGGGCAGCACUGUUGGAAUCACUUUCUCAAGUACAAGCAACUCCCGAUGAAGUAAAACAACUAACAGCCAUUUCAGCCGUACAAACUAUUGGUCUGAGAAAAUUGAAUGAAUUUAACACAGAAGCCAUAGUUAAAAAAGAUACUGAAAUAUGUGAACAAAAAAAGUUUAGCAGUAUAGCAGGUGCUAAGAAACGCCUUCGGUUACUAAGAAUGGAAAAUUCUGAGAAAGUUAAAAAGAGAAAACAUGAUCCUAAUGUUGUGGGACUUGAAGAAUCAUCUGAUGAUGAAUCUAUAUCAUCUGAUGAAGAGGAAGAAGUAGCGAACGGAGAAAAUGGAGAAGUGGUGAAAAGUGUGAAUGAAGAAGAGGAAGUUGUUGGCAAUGACAUUGAAAUUGUUGAUAAUAAUGAUUUGUCUAAAAAUGAAGAUAAUAAAGAAAAAAUAAAAGAGAAAAAUGCGCCAGUAGAUGUUAAACCAGUUAUAAAUGUUGAAGAAAAGAAAAAAUCACUACUCGAACACCCUACAGUUCAUGUUGACGUAAAACGAGAUCCAAAAAUACAAGUGGCUAGGUUAAAACUACCAAUACUGGGAGAAGAACAAAGGAUAAUGGAACUGAUUAAUGAAAAUGAAUUUUUAAUAGUUGCUGGUGAAACAGGUAGUGGUAAGACAACACAAAUACCUCAAUUCCUGUACGAAGCGGGGUAUGCAGAACGUAAAAUGAUCGCGGUGACUGAACCACGUCGUGUGGCUACUGUAGCCAUGUCUGCUAGGGUAGGACAUGAGCUGGGACUGACCAGCAAAGAGGUUUCAUAUCUAAUGAGGUUCGAGGGCAAUGUCACUAAAGAUACGAAGAUCAAGUUCAUGACUGAUGGUGUAUUACUAAAAGAGAUACAAUCAGAUUUCUUACUAAGUAAAUAUUCAGUUGUAAUAAUUGACGAAGCUCACGAAAGAAGUGUAUAUACUGAUAUCCUGCUAGGUUUAUUGUCAAGAAUUGUACCGUUGAGAAGAAAACGUGGCAACCCACUGCGGUUAAUUAUUAUGUCAGCUACAUUACGAGUGGAAGAUUUUACUGAGAACAAACGCCUGUUUAAAGAACCGCCUCCAUUGGUUACGAUUGAUUCCCGACAAUUUCCAGUUACAAUACAUUUCAACAAACACACAAACAGUGAUUAUUUAAAGGAAGCUUAUAAGAAAGCAGUUAAAAUACAUACAAGAUUACCUGAAGGAGGAAUUCUGAUAUUUGUAACUGGACAGCAAGAAGUAAGAUAUUUAGUUCGCAAGUUAAAGGCAGCAUUCCCUUAUCGUAAGGAUGUUGAUUAUUCCAAAAUGAUAUCGAAAAAGUCAGUUAGUGAAGUUGACACAGCGCUGGACUCGGAGCCGGAGGAUAUCGAAUCUGAUGAUGAUGAGGUGGAAAAAGAAAUGAAAAGAGCUCGCAAGGCGAGGCGGAAAGCGAAGAUAAAAUCGAAAGCGUUGCCUAAAGUUAACUUGGACGACUAUGAGAUGCCGGAGGACGACGGCCAGCCCGACCUUGUUGGCAGCGAUAGUGAGGGACAUUUAAGUGAUUCUGAUAAUGAAGACAGCGUACUAGAGCCGGAAAUAAGAUCGUGUCGUCAGCCACUAUGGACAUUGCCACUAUACUCUAUGCUUGGUUCGAGUGCCCAGUCGCGUGUGUUCGCUGCCCCCCCCGCUGGGGCGCGGCUUUGCGUUGUCAGUACGGACGUGGCGGAGACCUCCCUCACCAUACCGCAUAUCAAAUAUGUCGUGGAUACCGGCAAGAAGAAGAUGCGUGUGUACGACCACAUAACGGGUGCGUCGGCGUGGCGCGUGGUGUGGUCGUGCCAGGCGAGCGCGGCGCAGCGCGCGGGGCGCGCGGGCCGCACGGCCGCCGGACACGCCUACCGCCUCUACAGCGCCGCGGUGUUCGCGCACGACCUGCCGCCGCACCACGCGCCCGACCUCGUGCGCAGGCCCCCUGAUGAUAUCCUACUGCUCAUGAAGUGUAUGGGCAUUGAUAAGGUUGUAAAUUUCCCAUUCCCGACGGCACCGGACAGACUGCAACUGAGAUUGGCUGAGAAACGUCUCCAAGUGCUCGGUAUACUAGAAGAACCACAUAACAAAAGCAAAAGGAACGACCAAGAACAGAUAUUAAAAGUGACGUCACUGGGCAAGGCGGUGUCCGCGUUCCCAUUGCUACCGCGAUACGGCAAGAUGUUGGCGCUGAGCCAUCAACAGAACUUGCUGCCUUAUGCUAUCGCACUCGUCGCUGCGCUCACCGUGCCUGAGGUGAUGAGUGGUAAAACGGAGUGGCCGGCGACGGGGCAGACGCUGUUGCUGGGCGACGCCGGCGUGCUGCUGAGGGCGGUGGGCGCCGCGGAGUACGCACAUCUCAACGGGGAAGAGGAACUGUUCUGUGCUAAACACGGCCUAAGGGAAAAAGCUAUUAAGGAGAUAAGGAAACUUCGUAAGCAAUUAACAUCGGAGAUAAAUCUCAGUGUGUCAGGUGUUGAUGUUACAAUCCAUCCGGAUAUGAAGCCUCCGGAUGAGAAGCAAGCCCGGCUGCUACGGCAGCUCGUGCUGAGCGGCCUUGGAGACCAGGUCGGGAAGAAGAUAGCCUUGCAUGAGGUUAAAGAAGGCGAGGACAAACGUAAAUUCAAAUACGCGUACCACUGCGCGGAGCUAGAGGAGCCAGUGCAUUUGCACUCAGAGUCAAUACUUAGGAAAUGCAUACCUGAGUGGGUGGUGUACCAGGAGUUGUACGAAACUGGUGCGGAAGCGAGACGCAAGAUGGUGAUGAGGAACGUAACCGCGAUAGAACCUGAAUGGCUACCGGUUUAUGUGCCUCAGUUGUGCAACUUGGGUGAACCAUUAACGGACACAGAGCCGAGAUACGAUGAAAUCUCAGGUCGAAUAAGAUGCAGUUUCAAAGGAACAUUCGGGAAGGCGUGCUGGGAACUACCCGUUGUGGAAAUAGAUUAUCCAGACAAAAUAGAACGAUACAGAUGGUUCGCUAGAUACCUUCUAGAAGGUGUAGUGUUUCCUAAAUUGAAGAAAUACACGAGUUCUUUACUAUCUCCUCCAUCCACGAUGGUGAAGAGCUGGGCCCGGCUGCAGCCGCGCACUGAGCUGCUGCUCAAAGCACUUAUAAGUCACAGAGCGGGCACUAGACAACAACUGAUGGACGUCUGGGAGGAUAAUCCGAAGUAUUUAUUAGACGAAUACCUGAAAUGGCUGCCCGAGUCCGCACAUAAUGAAGCCACACUGUACUGGCCACCAAUAUAAUGUUUAUGAGCCAAAUACUUGUAAAUAAUGUAAAUAAAGAUUAUAAUAAAA